GAUUAUAAAUGUGACGCGUUUGUCCCUCCCCGGCUUCCCUAGUUGUUGUUAGCUAAGCUAGCUGGUGGCUAGCAGCUGUAAGCUACCUUGAGAAGUUGUUCAGAGGAGCCAGAUAAAGAGGGACAACAGCCAAGUCUGUCUACGACCAAGAAACGUUGGAGAAUAUGGUUGUGAAUCUCUGUCUGCCACCCUUUUAUACAACAGUUCAUUGCAACAAGCUGUGUGCAGAUGGCUAUGAUGUCACAAACCUUGUGUCAGCUGACCCUGCUCUCCGGAGGCGGGGCUUCAAGCUGGAGUACUUCCUACGUCCACCUGUACAGGUGACGUUGAAGUUUGGCUUCCAGGUGGAGCUGUGCAGGGUGGAUGUGGAUCUGUGGCCCUGGGGUAUGGACCGAGGACAGGUCUGCAAGAAACUAGAGAUUAGCACCAGCUCUGAUCCGCUACCCACCGAGAAUUUUGGCCAAGGCCAAAAAGGGGUUCAGCAAAAGAAACAAAUGAAGGUAACGGACCAGAAACAGAGCAGAGAAAGACAACAAGAGCAUGACAGUAAGUCUCGACAGAGUAAUGGCCACCAGUGGAGACGUCAGGCCCAACGGUGGGGUGAAGAGGCUCUAGAUGAGCCUCAACAAAGAGGCAAUGCGUUCAAGUCAAACACUGAAUCCAGUAAUCCUGAACCAGAGUUUAAACUGGUGGGUCGUUGUGAACUUAGGGAGGAAACCCCAGUCUGUUUCACACGUUCAAAUUUCCGUCCCCGGCCCCCGUUCCUCUCCACACUACCUCCACAACCUGCGAACUGUCGGCAAGAGGACCUGUGGAGUCGGGGUCUGCUUUCAUUAGGCGCCGUGACACAACUUCGCGUGACUCUGCCAUUUGGCGGUGCAGCAUCUGCUCUGGGGCUCAAGGCUUUGGCCGUGUGGGGACAACCUGCUCGCUGCUGCUCUGCAGAAGAAGUGGAGAGGGUUAAAAGAGUCCAUGAAUCCAGCCAGAGACGGCUGCCAAGACCUGUGUUUUUUGCCCCUUCUGCAAGCCCGGCAAAACCACCACUGCAAGCAGCUACACCUCCAAGCAAUCUUUCCAUCCCAGAAGAGUUCCUUGACAAGAUAACCCAGGAGGUAAUGAUGCUGCCCAUGCUGCUGCCCAGUGGUGUGUCAGUGGACAACACCACGCUGGAGGAGCACCAGAAGAGGGAAGCCACUUGGGGUCGACCCCCGAACGAUCCCUUCACCGGCGUCCCGUUCACCUCCACCUCCCAGCCUCUUCCUAACCCCCAACUGAAAAGCCGCAUUGACCACUUCAUCCUGCAGACAGGGAUGACGAGGAGGGACGGGAUGUUGGGGAGACAGGGAGAGGGAGAGAAUCCACAGGCCUCGAGACUUAUAGCCUCCAAGGUAGAUGGACAGUCCCAGUACUCGCCAUGUCUCAGGGAAAGCUCAAUAAACAACAAUGAUAGUCAAUAUAAUACUGGCACCAGAAACAGGACUACACAAAUAGAAGACGCUGGAAUAGGACAUUCGUCAGAUAAUCACACAUUUAACCCCCAGCCCCUUAGUGCAGAGAGUAAAUCAGAGUUGGGGAGAAGAAAGAAACGAGAACUAAGUGGAAUUUCCAAAGAAUCAACAGAAGAUUUGACAGCUGAGAAGCAACUACUACCUCAAACAAAAAGACCAAGAAAUGAUGCAGUUUCAGUCCCCAGCUGCAGCUCUCAUGAGCAGCGUUUGUCAGCCAGUCUGGACGAGGCCCUCUUCUCCGCCCUGCAGGGCCGACCCUCCUUCACCUCAAACUUGUCUCAGCAGAGACGGCUUGGUCUUGACUCUGAACCACUGAACUCCUCACAGCACUGUCAGACUGCAGGAACUCCAGGCAUGCCACCAGGUGAGAAGACGUGCUCUGCUUGUUCCUGUUCGGUCUCCGCUUACUCCAAAUCUGCAUCAUCCAUCUACCGUUUAACCUGCGGUCACUUGCUCUGCCAUUCCUGCCUGCGGAGUGAUUCACAACCACUAAACUCUGUCACUAUAGCAACAUCCAAUCACAUCUUAUGUCUGGCCUGCCAAAGCCCUACACCACGCAGUGAUGUCAUACGUGUGCAUCACUGACGGAUACCGUGGAAAAAGGGCAAACCUACGCCUUUCUAGAGCCUGUGAAGAAGUGAGGAGGAUUGCUUUGAAGGUGAAGACAGGAUUGUACUCAAGCCGUGACGUUUUAGCGUUGCGACCAUGUUGAACUCAAAGUGGAAGAAAAAAACAUUUACAGCUGAAAGUUACGGAUCGGCAGAACAUUUUAUUUGUAGGUUGUUUACUUGGUUUGAUGCUGUCUUUACAGAUGUGAUACUGUAUGUUUGACAGUUGUUGGAUUAUAUGAUAAUAUCCAUGACAUUAUUCAUUCCUCAUUUCUAUAUUUUUGUAUUAUUUCUAUAUUAUUUCUUAUUCACACGCAUUAUAAGUCCUUCAAGUCUAGCAGUGAAUUAUGUUCGUUCCAAUUAUCUUGGACCCGUGACCUCACAAAAUCAACUCCAUUCUUAAUGUCCCCAUCCGUAGAAAGAACAUCACUGAAAGCAAAGACCUUUACAAAAAUCUUGCGUAAAAGAUCUUGUUCUCAUCUCUUCCACCUCGCCCCCCCCC